UUGUGAACGGGGCCCAAUUUGUAUUUGUUUGAUGCUAUAUAAGAACCUAAAGAAUGGCGCUAGGGUUUCAGCCAUUGUUCCCAGAACAACCGGACCAGCCGCGUCAGUUAUUUCGGAGCCGGAGAACAUCCAAUACCCGUCAUCAUGACUAAGAGAACCAAGAAGGCGGGCAUCGUUGGAAAGUAUGGUACCCGAUAUGGUGCCAGUCUGCGAAAGCAGAUUAAGAAGAUGGAAGUUAGUCAGCACAGCAAAUAUUUCUGUGAGUUCUGUGGCAAGUAUGCCGUGAAGAGGAAGGCUGUUGGAAUCUGGGGAUGCAAGGAUUGUGGAAAAGUGAAGGCAGGCGGUGCCUACACCUUGAACACUGCCAGUGCCGUGACUGUCAGAAGUACCAUCAGAAGGCUGAGGGAGCAAACUGAGAGUUAGACUGAGCUGCCACCACCUCUCCACUACUCUCAUUAUCAUGGGGUCAUUUAGCAUCUUUGCUAUGGAUAGAAUUUAGUUCAAACAGUUUUGAGUAUGUUUUUCUUUUCUUUUUACCUUAAUUUAUGUUCCAGAAGUUGAUGGAUGACAAAUGGAUUAUUUUUGGUAGUAUCUUUUAAUUGAGAUUAUUAAUAUCAGUGCAUUGUUUGUCGUACAA